AUUGUGUUUUAUAUUCAAACUAAAGUGAAAUAUGGUGGUUUAUUUAUUAGUAGCUGCAUGUUAAGCACUACAAGGAUGCCUCUUAGCCCAGCUCAAUAUAUAAUAACUUAGACACAAAAUACUUGGCAACCAAAUAAGAAAACCAUACAACCAACCAAAAAACUCAACUGAAACCAAACUAAACUGAAUACAACCAAUCUAAACAGAAUUUAAAAACAGUAAGAGUUGAACGUAUAAACUUAAUAUCAAAUAAAAACAAGUGAUUGUUUGCUAAAAAAAAGAGACAAACAAAAUAACAAAAUCUAGAAAAGUAAACACAAAGAAACAUAAUAUUUAUUUAUUUGUUAAGAAUAUAAUAAAGUAAAACAAAAAGGAAAGCUUUACAUUAAAAAGGCUAAAACAACUUAACAAUGAUGUACGAAUAUCGAAAUAUUGCACAUUUUUUAUGAGCACAUUAUCCGAUGGAAAUUACUGCGAAAUUUAGCAACAAUAAUAAAAUAAAACAGAAAACCAGUCAACAGUCAUCAAUUACAAAGCCACAGGUAAUCUAUAAUGUAAUCACAACAAAUAUUUAUACAACUAUCAUACCAACAACACCAACCGGCAACAACCAAGUAAGACCACAGCAACUCAAACAAACAGUAUAAAAAGUAGAGAAAAAAGAGCAUUAACGUUUAUACAAAUUUAUCAGCUAACGAGAGAGGAAAAGCAAAGAAAGUAAAAUUUUCGUUUAUUUAUUUAAUUAUUGUAACGAAAAGCAAAAAAGGUCUUCUGUGCUAAAUGGCAUGUUUAUGUUGUUGUAGUAAUUUUUGAUUGAUUAUGGCUAAAUUUUGUAGAGGUUGAUUGUUUUUAAAUGAUUUUUUUGUUGUAUACCAAACAUUAGUUUUUGCGUAAAUGUCUAUGAACAAAACAAGUAUAAGAAGAAGAGCUGGUCUCCUCAAAAUAUCCUUGUACUGCUGCUGGUACAUAGAACAUAAUGACAGAUGUGUCAACGACACAAACAAACGCACUACAAAGUGCUAAAUCAAUAAAAAAUAACAAUGAAACCUGUCACUCAGUAACGGAUACAACGUCUGAAACAUUAACAGCAGCAGCAACUGGUUCACUUACCAAUGGUUCUUCAACAAAAAUCAAUAAAAUACAAAUACCAACAAUAACCAAAGACGAACAAUAUUUGGCAGGAGCAACAAUAACAACAACAUUAACCAACAAAAUGUCAACUGUGGGUAUUAAAAGUCCAACGCCCACAAGUCAAUCACCGGCAACAACUCCUAGUCAAACAUUAGUUUCUUAUGAUACCAAUACAUCUGCCUGUUCCACUACUUUAAUCACAACAGCAAAUCAAAUUACAAAGCCCGCCUUACAAACCGAUAAAGAUUUCGUUUCACCAGAAACCAUAGUCACUGCGUCACCAUCAUCAACACCUUCACCUACAAGAACCUGUGGUGGUGGUGGUAAUAGCAACAGCAGCAAUAUAAUGGGUACAGCAACAGCAUUAAGUUCACCCAUCAGCUGUUCGAGUCCCUCUAUUAAAAGUGUUACAAAACAACAGCGUGAGGCUUCUGCUCAAGAUGUUGAUGAAGUGGCACGUUUGUUUGAAGAGAAACCUGAAGCAUUUGAAAAAUGGUUACUGGAACGUGCACCACCGGAAGCUUUGGCACGACUGCAUGAAUUUAUCGAAAAUCGUAAGCAACCAUUGAAAAGACCUUCGGUUACGUCUGAUCUAUUUCAACAAUGGAUGUCUUCGUCGCCGAUUCAGAAAAAUCGUUCCUUAUCUUCAGCAUCGAGUAGCAGUCAUUCAGUAUUGGACAAUCGUCGCCACUUAAUGGAAUUGGAUGAAGGUGAACUUUUUAUGGAGUUAAUACGUGAUGUUGCCAAUGAAUUGGAUAUCGAUGUGUUAUGUCAUAAAAUUCUAGUCAAUGUUGGUCUACUAACACAUGCAGAUCGCGGCUCAUUGUUCUUGGCAAAAGGACCACCCAACAAUCGAUACUUGGUGGCCAAAUUAUUCGAUGUUACACAAAAGACACCCCUAAAAGAUGCGGUUAAAAAAGCUCGAUCCGAAGAAAUAAUUAUACCAUUUGGAGUGGGUAUUGCUGGUAUGGUAGCUCAAACAAAACAAAUGAUUAACAUACGAGAGGCAUACAAGGAUGCACGCUUUAAUUGUGAAAUUGAUUUAAAAACAGGCUAUAAAACCAACACUAUACUAUCGAUGCCCAUAUGUAAUUAUGAGGGUGAUAUAAUUGGUGUAGCACAAAUAAUCAAUAAAACAAAUGGCUCAAAUGAAUUCGAUGAACAUGAUGUUGAAAUAUUUCGCAGAUAUUUAACAUUUUGUGGUAUAGGUAUACAGAAUGCUCAACUAUUUGAAAUGUCCGUCCAGGAGUAUAGACGUAAUCAAAUUUUAUUAAAUUUGGCGCGUAGUAUAUUCGAAGAGCAAAAUAAUUUAGAGUGUUUGGUGACAAAAAUAAUGACCGAAGCCAGGGAGCUAUUAAAAUGUGAACGGUGUUCGGUGUUUUUAGUUGAUUUGGAUUGUUGUGAGGCGAGUCAUUUAGAGAAAAUUAUUGAAAAACCCAAUGAAAUUCAAAGACGUUUAAGUCGAAGCAUUAAAAGUACCGAAAGUUUUGAAGAAAAACAAAAAAUGUCCACCCGAUUUACAGUACUUUUUGAAUUGGGCGCCGCUAACCAAUCAGCAAACAUUUCACGACCAUCUGUAGAUGAUUUGAGUAACUCAACCUUGGCACAAAUUGCACAAUAUGUAGCUUCAACCGGGUAUACGGUGAAUAUAGCCGAUGUCCGGGAAUGGGUUCUUGAGCAUAAUCAAAUUAAGGCCGAAAAUGAAAUUGAUUGUAUUAAGGCAAUACUAUGUAUGCCAAUAGUAAAUGCUCAAAAGACGGUAAUUGGUGUAGCUCAAUUAAUAAAUAAAGGUACUGGGGUACCUUUUACCGACUCGGAUGCUUCAAUAUUUGAGGCAUUUGCCAUAUUUUGUGGUCUUGGUAUACACAAUACCCAGAUGUAUGAAAAUGCUUGUAAAUUAAUGGCUAAACAGAAAGUAGCAUUAGAGUGUUUAUCGUAUCAUGCUACUGCAUCACAGGAUCAGACAGAUAAACUGGUGCAGGAUGUUAUAGAAUCGGCAGAAACAUAUAAUUUAUAUAGUUUUAAAUUUAUCGAUUUCGAUUUAUGUGACGAUGACACUUGCCGUGCUGUUGUACGCAUGUUCCUGCAGUGUAAUCUUGUGCAAAUGUUUCAAAUACCUUACGAUGUUCUGUGUCGUUGGGUUUUAAGUGUACGUAAAAACUACCGUCCCGUUAAAUAUCACAAUUGGCGUCAUGCCCUUAAUGUGGCUCAGACUAUGUUUGCCAUGAUGAAAACCGGCCGCAUGGAACGUUUUAUGAAGGAUUUGGAAAUAUUUGGUUUGCUUGUCGCAUGUUUGUGUCAUGACUUAGAUCAUCGAGGCACAAAUAAUGCUUUUCAAACUAAAACUGAGUCUCCAUUAGCCAUAUUGUAUACUACCAGUACCAUGGAACAUCAUCAUUUUGAUCAAUGUGUCAUGAUUUUGAAUUCGGAAGGAAAUAAUAUAUUUCAAGCUCUAUCACCAGAAGACUACCGUGCCGUUAUGAAAACUGUAGAAAAUGCUAUACUUUCCACCGAUUUGGCAGUAUAUUUCAAAAAGCGUAAUGCUUUUCUAGAACUAGUGGAAAAUGGAGAAUUCGAUUGGCAAAGUGAGGAAAAGAAAGAAUUAUUAUGUGGUAUGAUGAUGACGGCCUGUGAUGUUAGCGCUAUAGCGAAACCUUGGGAAGUUCAACAUCGUGUUGCAAAAUUAGUAGCUGAUGAAUUUUUUGAUCAGGGUGAUUUAGAAAAAUUACAAUUAAAUACACAACCUGUGGCUAUGAUGGAUAGAGAACGUAAGGAUGAAUUACCAAAAAUGCAAGUGGGUUUUAUCGAUGUAAUAUGUCUGCCAUUAUAUCGAGUGUUAUGUGAUACUUUUCCUUGGAUAACACCCUUAUAUGAGGGAACUUUAGAAAAUCGUCGUAAUUGGCAAGAUUUGGCAGAAAAAGUUGAAAUGGGUUUAACAUGGAUUGAUCAUGAUACUAUUGACAAACCAGUCGAAGAAUUUGCUGCCUGUGCUGAGGAAGACAUAAAAGAUAUAGAAUUUACGGUGACCACCUUAAAUUGCCAUCAACAGCAGCAUAGUGAUGAGACCUCUACACCGGAACAUCACCGCGGAACUUCACGUUUGAGCAUGAAAAAAACUGGUGCUAUAGGGAAAGCAGUCAAAUCGAAACUGACUAAAACUCUUUACAACAGUAUGGACGGUGUUAAACCAAAGACUUCACUUAAGCUGCUUGAAACUCAUGCUAGCGAAGAUCUCGAUGAUAAAAGUCCGACAAGUCCGUCACAGCCACCUAGUGGUUCCACCGGUCAAAUGUCAGCCUCAUCAUCAAUAUCAUCAUCAUGUACCACCACAUCGGCAACCGAUAAAAAUAAAAAACGUUCAAAACUAUGUGCUCUUUUGUGACGAAAACCUUCCAAUUAGAAUUUAAAGUAAGAUUUUAAUUUGCAAAAUUAAAAAAAAUCUACUAAUUCUAAUUGGAAGACAAUAUUGUAUCAUUUAAAGCACUUGUUUAACGACAAUUUCUCAAUAAUUUGUGGUUGCUUUAGACAAUUAGAAAUACUUUUAUAGUACACAGUAAAAAAUCUGCAAUAAUUUUAGUGUAUGAUUGUAACAAACACCUUUGUAUUUACAAACCGACUAUAAAUAAAUUACUAAUAUAAUUAAUUAAUGAAUGAUUUUAGUUUUGAAAUGUCAUAAUUUUUAAAGUCUUUCUCUAUACUACUUAAAAAAAAUGAAUAUAAACCUAAGAAAAGUAUAAUAAAAAAUUCUAAAAACAGAACCACUUCAGAUACUUAAGUAGCAUUGAUGGAACUCUUGAUGUCACUAUUACUUCUAGAACUCAUUCUCUGAAACUUUAUUGUGAUUCUAAAGCUCUUCUAAUUAGUUUCCAAGGUAUCAGUUCUUUAGAAUAACUUUACAUUAAAAUAGAAAAAAGUAGAUUAGGACAACAAAAAAAAAUGAGAUAUCAUUUAUUUCUUGAGAGUUCGGGAAAAAUACUAAAAAUACAUAAUUUUUCAUUUCAAACGUCUAAAUACAAAAUAAAAACCAAUUACCUAAAUAAAUAAAAUAAUUACAUUAACCACUUUCUAAUUUCUCAAUAUUUACUAAAACAACUGAAAAAAUAGAUUUAAUUAAAAAGUAGUAAAAAUCCUAAUAUGUAUAAUCAAAUACAAAUACUAUUGAAAACAACAGAUUCUAGUCAAAAAGUUGCUUAUAUGCGAAUACAAAUAAAAUAAAAAUGAAACUUCUAAAGUAGAAAAGUCCCAAACUAAAUAGAAACUCAAAGAAUACUAAAUAUAAUUUAAAUAUAAAUUAAGAGCAAAACUUUUUAAAAUAAUCAAAAUUAUUAGUAAAUGUAUAAAUAGUUAAUUUUUUUCUUAUAAAAACUGAAAAUUAUAGCAAUAUAAAUGAUAUUUGUAGCAAAUAUAAAAUAUAAUUAUCUAGAAGAUAAAUUAAUGUUUAAAAAAGUAAAUCGAAAAUAAUCAUAUUUAAGUCAAUUUCAUGAAAAAAUCUAAAUUGAAAUAAGUCUAAAAGAAAUAUUGACUAGUAUAUGUGUAUUACUAAUGUGCGUAUAAAUGAUAGAAAUGGCUAAAUAAAGUACAUCUAAAAAAGUAUAACUAUUAAAAAUGUUUGGUAAAGAAAUACUUAAAAAAAAAUAGUUAUGUUUCAAAUCCCCUGUACAUAUACAAAAAAAAAUAGUUUAAUUAAAUAUGCACAAUUUUAUUAAUUAAAUUUUUAAUACCACCUAAAACCUUUGUGUACAUUUCUGAGCAAUAAAUAAAUCUAAAAUAUAUUGCUUCAGUAUUAGACUAUGUAAAACUGUUUUUAUAUCUUUUAAUUUAUUAAUGGUAGUUUUAUUGUUUAUUUUAAAUUAAAAAAAAAGAAUAAUCACACAAAGAAAAUAUUGUAAAAAACAAAACUAAAUCAAAAGACAAAAAAUGAAUAAAGUUU